UCCAUAAUCGCCACCAUGGCUCCGCACCGCUCUGCGUCCGCGCUGUUCGGAGCGCUGGUCCUGGCGCUGUGUGCGCUGCCGCCUCCCGCUCGUGGGGCCACCGCGCCGCGGGGAGCGGUCCAGGCGCGGGCACCCCAGGCGCCCCAGGCGUCCCAGGCACGGCCCAGCAGUAUGGUGGUGGAGCACCCUGAGUUCCUGAAGGCAGGCAAGGCGCCUGGCCUGCAGAUCUGGCGCGUGGAGAAGUUCGACCUGGUGCCCGUGCCCCCAAACCUCUACGGAGACUUCUUCACUGGCGAUGCCUACCUUAUCCUGAAGACGGUACAGCUGAGAAACGGGAACCUGCAGUAUGACCUCCACUACUGGCUGGGCAAUGAGUGCAGCCAGGACGAGAGUGGAGCGGCUGCCAUCUUCACUGUGCAGCUGGAUGACUACCUGAAUGGCCGGGCCGUGCAGUACCGCGAGGUCCAAGGCUUCGAGUCGGCCACCUUCCUUGGCUACUUCAAGUCUGGCAUCAAAUAUAAGAAAGGAGGCGUGGCCUCAGGAUUCAAGCAUGUGGUACCCAAUGAAGUGGUGGUGCAGAGACUCUUCCAGGUCAAAGGGCGGCGUGUGGUCCGUGCUACCGAGGUGCCAGUGUCCUGGGAGAGCUUCAACAGUGGUGACUGCUUCAUCCUGGACCUGGGCAAUGACAUUUACCAGUGGUGUGGCUUCGACUGCAACCGAUAUGAGAGACUGAAGGCCACCGAGGUGUCCAAGGGCAUCCGGGACAAUGAGCGGAACGGCCGGGCCCGUGUGCACGUGUUUGAAGACGGCGCUGAGCCUGAGGCCAUGAUCCAGGUGUUGGGUGUCAAGCCGGCUCUACCUCCAGGUACCGAGGACACACCCCAGGUGGAUGCAGCCAACCGCAAGCUGGCCAAGCUGUACAAGGUGAGCCCUGGAUGCUCUGUGCCCCUGGAUCAGGGGGCCUCUCUGGCCCCGGGAGCAGAAGCCCCUGAAGCUUUGGGGGGUAGGUUACAGUCCUGGGCCCAGGCCUCUAGCCCUCCAUUACCCUUUCCUCUGCUGCCCACAGGCAAGCAGGCCAACACGGAGGAGAGGAAGGCUGCUCUCAAAACAGCCUCUGACUUCAUCUCCAAGAUGGGCUACCCCAAGCAGACUCAGAUCUGGAGAAUUGAAGGAUCCAACAAAGUGCCCGUGGACCCUGCCACAUACGGGCAGUUCUACGGAGGCGACAGCUACAUCAUUCUGUACAACUACCGCCAUGGCAGCCGGCAGGGACAGAUCAUCUACAACUGGCAGGGAGCCCAGUCUACCCAGGAUGAGGUUGCUGCAUCUGCCAUCCUGACCGCCCAGCUGGAUGAGGAGCUGGGAGGUACCCCUGUCCAGAGCCGUGUCGUCCAAGGCAAGGAACCUGCCCACCUCAUGAGCUUGUUUGGCGGGAAGCCCAUGAUCGUCUACAAGGGAGGCACCUCCCGUGAUGGCGGCCAGACUGCCCCUGCUAGUACCCGCCUCUUCCAGGUCCGGGCCAACAGUGCUGGAGCCACCCGAGCCGUUGAGGUGAUCCCUAAGGCUGGUGCGCUGAACUCCAAUGACGCCUUUGUCCUGAAAACACCCUCAGCCACCUAUCUGUGGGUGGGUACAGGAGCCAGCGAGGCUGAGAAGACAGGAGCCCAGGAGCUGGUGAAGGUGCUGCGGGCCCAGCCCUUGCAGGUGGCGGAAGGCAGAGAGCCAGACAGCUUCUGGGAGGCCCUGGGUGGGAAGGCUGCCUACCGCACGUCCCCGAGGCUGAAGGACAAGAAGCUGGAUGCUCAUCCUCCGCGUCUCUUUGCCUGCUCCAACAAGAUCGGCCGUUUUGUGAUCGAAGAGGUGCCUGGAGAGCUCAUGCAGGAAGACCUGGCCACGGAUGACGUCAUGCUCCUGGACACCUGGGACCAGGUCUUUGUCUGGGUUGGGAAGGAUUCUCAAGAAGAGGAGAAGACAGAAGCCCUGACCUCUGGUGAGGACCCCGAGUCUGUCCGUGGGUCUGUUUCCUCAUAGGGCUGGGAGCCACAU